GAGAAAAUAGCUUAACUUAACCAGGGUUAAAUAUCGAGUAGGUUCGAACCGAACUUCGGGUAGAAGCUAAUCUAACGGUGGAAAUCAACUAAUCAGAAAGGAGCGGAAAAGAAAAAUAAAGAAACAGAAAAUUGCCGAAGAACAAAAUCUCUCUCUAAUAGUUAGGGCAAAAUCCGUUGUUCUAAAUCUGAUCCCCAAAGUGAAUUGGUUCAAUUCCUGGCUUUACUGAUGAAUUAGGGUUAUGGGUUUUGUUCACCCUCUGAUGGAGACGGACUACGUCGCUGAGUUCCCUCAUAAUCACAUUGAUCGUCGUCCCAGAAAGAGACCUAGAUUCGCUUGGGAUUUCCCUCAAGCUCACCCCAAGGCGCAGUCAGGAUUGUAUUUUGGACAAGAUGUUGGAAAUGGGACGAGCAUGGGACCUUCAAGAGUACUACUCACAGACCAUUCCGGUUUAUAUUUAAAAGGAUUGGCUCAAAAAGGCUCUCCCCCAUGGCGAGAUGAUGACAAAGAUGGACAUUACAUGUUUGCUCUUGGAGAGAAUUUAACACCUCGCUAUAAGAUCCAUAGGAAAAUUGGCGAAGGAACCUUUGGUCAGGUUUUGGAAUGCUGGGAUAGGGAAACAAGAGAGAUGGUCGCUGUAAAAGUUGUGAGAAGUAUAAAAAAAUACCGGGAGGCAGCAAUGUCCGAAAUUGAUGCGCUCCAGUUGCUUGGAAAGUAUGAUAGAAAUGGAAGCCGUUGUGUACAAAUAAGAAACUGGUUUGACUACCGGAACCAUAUCUGCAUUGUCUUUGAGAUGCUUGGACCAAGCAUAUACGAUUUUCUUCGUAAAAAUAGUUAUCGACCAUUUCCAGUUGACCUUGUCCGUGAGCUUGGCAGACAACUCUUGGAAUGUGUAGCAUUUAUGCAUGACUUGCGGCUUGUCCAUACCGAUCUGAAGCCAGAGAAUAUACUCUUUGUUUCUCCAGAUUAUGUGAAAAUUCCUGACUACAAGUCAUUUAGUGAGGCAGCCUGUUACAAGAGGUUGCCGAAGUCUAGUGCCAUUAAGGUCAUUGAUUUUGGCAGCACGGCUGAUGGCCAUAAGCAUCACAACUAUAUUGUUUCCACCAGACAUUACCGUGCGCCCGAGGUUAUCCUCGGCCUUGGUUGGAGUUACUCUUGUGACAUAUGGAGUGUCGGAUGUAUAUUGGUAGAACUAUGCACAGGGGAAGCAUUGUUCCAGACCCACGAUAACUUGGAGCAUUUAGCCAUGAUGGAAAGAGUGUUAGGUCCAUUGCCUCAGCAGAUGUUGAAACGAGUGGAGUUUGUCUUCUCUCUCUCUCUCUCUCCUGUUUCUAUUUUUCCAUCAUGGAAUAAAGCAAUUCCCUUGCUUAUUGCUCUCUCUGUCUUGCUCCGUUUCUGUGCUCAUCUACAGUCGACACGCUGAGAAGUACGUGAGAAGAGGUAGAUUGGAUUGGCCUGACAAUGCAACCUCUCGUGACAGCAUUAAAGCGGUCAUGAAGCUGCCUCGUCUUCAGAAUCUAGUAAUGCAACACGUGGAUCACUCGGCGGGCGACAUCAUCGAUCUCUUGCAAGGUCUCCUUCGGUACGACCCUUCAACCAGGCUUACGGCUCACAGCGCCCUCGGGCAUCCUUUCUUCUCGAGGGACCUUUACAGGAGACUUUGAAUCAGAACAAGAAGAUGGAUGGAUGGUAAUAAUCUUUGAUGUGUGGCCUCCCAUAAUCAAGAGCUUUUUAUGUCAUCUUGUGGUUAAAGAGUGUACCAUAUGGGGGAUUGCUUUCCUAUGUAUUCUUUAUAACGAGGAGAAUCAAGAGGUCCAAUCACUGACGAAUACAAAGUGUUUUGAAACCUGCAACUGUAAGUGUAAUGUUACCAAAGUCCAAAGGCAUCUAUCUGUAUACUAUUGUGUAUUUUAGGGGAAAGAUAAAAACCAAAGGGGUUUCUCGACAGCCCUCCCCAAUUGUGGUAGAUUGCAAUGUAGUCUGGAAUUUCAGUUUCUUCCAUACUGGUUUAUUGUUUGACACUAAGUUAUUCGUAGUAACGAAUGCGAGCAAUAACGCAUAGUAUUUCGUACUACACAGACGACGAGCAUCACCACUGGAUAAAGUUAACAGAAAAAUAGUUAACCGAAACGAUAUGUCAAUUACAUUUUACUGUCGUCAAUGAAUCAAUCAGACAUGAAACUACCCCAAAAUUGGUUGUAUUAAACUUGUAAUAAUUUCAUCGCUUCGUAAUGCAUCGUCUUCCACGUAAGAUCCCACUCGGAGGCCCAGUCGUGACGAUCGUACAAUGACCGUAGAGCUUAUACGAAUACCCAAGGAACGUGCCGAGCUUGGAUCGAACCCGAAACACACCCUUCACAUUAAACGUCACCGUAUUCUUCUCGAUCUCUUCCUCCAGCUUCUUGCUGUCCUCCAGCGGGAUCCGGACCUGGCUCGUCACCAGCUCCAGGUUCACGAACCGCGACCCGGCCCGGCUCGCGGAGAACGGCUGGAUGAACUGCGUCGCGAUCAGCGUGCUCCCGUAGUAGAGAUCCACGAUCAGGCUCCCGAAAUCGACUCCGACCUUCCGGUUAGGGUUCGUGAAAUUCGCCAGCACCGAGACGUCGGCGUUGAGCAGGGACCCGGCGUCGAGGUACGCCGCGUUCAGCGUCGCGUCGGAGACCUCGAACCGCGGGUUGUGCGGCCGGUAGACGAGGUAGACCACGAGGACGAUCAGUCCGCCGAGGAAGAUCGCGAUCCAGAAGAUCGCGCAGCACACGGCGGCGCACCACGUCGUGAUUUUGGUCCUCCGCGGCGACGGCACCACGGGGCCCCGCCGUUCCCGCCGGUGGCCGACGCCGUCGUGCGGAGGCGGAUGCUUGCGGUGGUGACGUGGAUGUUUCGGCGGCGGUUGUGGUUGUGGUUGUGGAUGCUGCGGCGGUUGCUCUUGGGAGUCGUGGCGGUGGGGAUCGGUGACGAGCGGGCCGUGGUCGUGGGUCGGGUGGGAUGAGGGCGGGGGUACCCAUGGGCUUUGGUAGUGGCCGUCGUGGGCUGGGCCGUGGGCCGGCUGGGAAGGAAGAUGCUGCGGGUGAUGUGGUGGUAUGGCCCAUGGGCUGCGAAACUGUCUGCGUUCCUGGUGGCGGAUUGGGCCCGAGGGCCUGUUGUGGGUUGGGAGUAACUCGUCGUCGACGUGGAGAGGGAAGUGCUGGUUGCCUGGGUCGGGGGCUUCCUGCUGGCGGUGGUGGUGCGGCGGGGGAGGAGGAGUGGCUGGGCCGCUGACCGGAGGAGUUAUCAGUACCGGUGGUGGGGUGGAACGGCGGUGGCCGUCGCGGCGUGGCGGUUGGAGUGGCCGGACGAAAUGAGGGUUGGUUUCGGGGUGGCGGGACAUUUCUGUGUGUUUCUCUGGAGAGAGAGAGAGAGAGAGAGAGAGAGAGAGAGAGUUGGGAGAUUUGGGAAGUGAGUAGAACUAGUAGAUAGUCGUGUUUGGUUUUUGGAGAGGGGAAAAGGUUGAGGGAGUUUGGAUGACCUGAUGAGGAAUUCAAGAAGGAUUCAAUUGCAGGGAAAGAAUCAAAAGUUGUCUAAUUGUGGGAGGCAACGUAUCAUUCUCUUUUUCUUGUUCACAUCUUGAAGUUGGGUUUAAGUUCAUGAUUACUACUAGUCUUGUGAGUUGUGAAAUUGGGGAUGGAUGAAGAUCUAGUGGUUGCAGAU